CUCACCCGACACUGCCCUGUCCCCUGCAGGAAUUGCUGAGAUUCUGAUGAACAGACCAAGUGCCCGCAAUGCCCUGGGGAACGUCUUCGUCAGUCAGCUGCUGGAAGCUCUGGCCCAGCUUCGGGAGGACCGGCAAGUGCGUGUCCUGAUCUUCAGGAGUGGAGUGAAGGGUGUGUUCUGUGCAGGUGCAGACCUGAAGGAGCAGGAGCAGAUGAGUGAGGCAGAAGUGGGGCUCUUUGUCCAGCGGCUCUGAGGCCUGAUGACUGAGAUUGCAGCGUUCCCUGCACCCACCAUUGCAGCUAUGGAUGGGUUUGCCUUGGGUGGAGGCCUGGAACUUGCCCUGGCCUGUGACCUCCGAGUGGCAGCUUCUUCGGCUGUCAUGGGACUGAUCGAGACCACCCGAGGGCUCCUCCCAGGAGCAGGAGGGACUCAGAGGCUGCCUCGAUGCCUGGGAGUGGCCCUGGCGAAGGAGCUCAUCUUCACAGGCUGACGACUGAGUGGGGCGCAGGUCCAGGCUCUGGGGCUGGUGAACCACGCUGUGGCCCAGAACGAGGAGGGCAAUGCUGCCUACCACCGGGCACGAGCCCUGGCCCAGGAGAUCCUGCCCCAGGUACGACUGCCGCUCAGCACGGGUGGGCCUGCCACUGGGGAUCACAGGUGGGGAGGCCAGGGGGCAAGGGUGUCUCAUGCAACCACACAAGGUCCAUUUUCCCAGAUUUAUAAAAUGAACCGUCUUUGGCAGUUUUGCUUCCAUUCAGCCAUCUAGUAAAUAAUACUAAAU